CUUGCUGCGAGCGCACGUCUGCUUAUUGAGUCUCCGUUCCCGCGCGCGAUCGCGAAAAACUUUUAACCAGUGCCGUGAAAAUGAAAAUUAACAUUCUGUGCUGUGUUCCUCAUUCAGUCUAGUGCGGGACUAAUCGACCAUAAGAGUGCUCCGAAGAGGCUAAUUACGAGUUGGUAGACUAAUUGGCCGGGCCGGCGUUUCAUGAAGUGCGAGAGGCGAACGCCGCAGCAGGGUCGCGGCAGUCCCGGGCUGGGCGUGCAAAUGCUCGCCAUGGAGGUCAGCAAGGAGGCGCGAGCGUCGCCGCUGCCCGCGCCUGCGCAAGGUUCCGCUAAUGGCCCCGCGCAGCCGCCGCAACCUCAGGUGUGCGCCGGCUGCAGCAAAGUGAUCACGGAGCGGUACCUCCUGAAGGCGUUGGACCAGCUCUGGCACGAAGACUGUCUCAAGUGUGGCUGCUGCGACUGCCGGCUCGGUGAAGUUGGCCAUACGCUGUACACCCGAGCGAAUCUCAUACUGUGCAAGAGGGACUACCUGAGGUUGUUCGGGAACACGGGGUACUGCGCGGCGUGCAACAAGGUGAUCCCCGCGUUUGAAAUGGUGAUGAGAGCGAGAAGCAACGUUUACCAUCUCGAGUGCUUCGCGUGCCAACAGUGCAAUCAUAGGUUCUGCGUGGGCGAUCGGUUCUACCUGUGCGAGAACAAGAUUCUGUGCGAGUACGACUACGAGGAGCGGCUCGUGUUCGCCAACAUGGCGUACAACCCGCCGCCGCUGGCGCACCUCAAGCGGCAGACCACGCACCUCCCGCCACCGCCGACAAGCAACGCAAUGGGGCUCAUGAACGGCUCGUCUCGCGCCGGGGACCUGAACAAUAACAUGUCGGGCUUCCCCGCCCCUUUUACCGGGGCCCCGCACCUCAAGCCCCUGGGCCUGCCUGCGCCGAGCUGAGACUAUCGCGCGUGAGACGCGGCGCAUCCCUACGCCAAGUACCAGUAACACGUGAUAUGAGUGGCGGACACGUGAUAUCAGACGCGGACACGUGAUAUCACAGCGUGAGUGACUAGUGGACGUGCUAUCACAGACUUAGUAUACGUGGAUACGUGAUAACACGUUACACGAAACCAAAAAUACGUGAAAUUGAACGUGU